UUGCUUGCAUUGGGCAUUUGGGAGCAUAUAAAGAUGGCGUCAAGUAUGAGUGGACCGUUUGGAAACUCUGGACCUGGGCCUCUAUGGACCGGUGGACCGGCUCCUGGGCAAUUUUACAAUUUUCCUGGCAAUGCUAGUAUACCCAGUAAUGGUGCAGCUCAGAAAACACUAUCCCCAGUGGUGAUGGGAACAUCUGUUCUUGCCUUUCAAUUCAACGGAGGAGUCGUCAUUGCUGCAGAUAUGCUGGGCUCGUAUGGCUCAUUGGCUCGGUUCCGUGACUGCCCACGACUGUUCAAGGUCAAUGACAGCACCAUUAUUGGAGCAGCUGGCGAUUACGCUGACUUUCAGUACCUCACCAACAUCAUCCAACAACAUGUGAUCGAUGAGGAGUGUCUAAAUGACGGGUUUGGCUACACACCCAAGAGCCUUCACUGCUGGCUGACCCGUGUGCUCUACAACAGACGCAGCCAGUUCAACCCGCUGUGGAACACAUACAUUGUUGUGGGCGUGGAGGACGAGAAGCCAUUCCUGGGCUAUGUAGACAAGAUCGGCAUGGCGUACGAGGCCCCAUCCCUGGCCUGUGGCUUUGGAGCUUACAUGGCAUUGCCAAUCAUCCGCGAGACGAUGGAGAAGAAGCCAGACAUGAACCAGGAGGAGGCUCUUGCACUCAUUGACCGCUGCAUGAAGCUGCUCUACUACAGAGACGCUCGCUCCCUCAACAAGUACCAAGUGGCUGUUGUGACCAAGGACGGCGUUGACCUGCGGGGACCCAUCAAGUCUCAGCCCAACUGGGAGAUUGCCCACAUGAUCAAGGGGUACGAAUGAAUGUCGUGCCCUAUGACCAGACCGUGAACCGAGUGUGAAAUGACGUCGUGACAGGGCAAGUGGAGCAGUAUGUGACCUCUGACCUCACCCCUCCCCUCCCCUCCACCCCGGUCCUGGGGGGAGAUGAGAUAACAUUGCAGUGGGGCAAGGGAGAGGGAAUCAGCUGAUAGAGAGAGAGAGAGAGAGAGAGAGGGUGAACCAGUUGUGACUGAAACUGGAAGAAAUGAAUAGAUGGUGAAUGAGAGGGCGGGGGUUUUUUUUGUUUUUAUUUUUAGAAAAUAUAUAAUCAUGAGUAUUUGAAGUGUGAAAGAGAGAAAAAUUAUAAUGUAGGCCUGCCUACCUGAAAAACAAGUUUGUUAAAGUGUUUAAGAUCAUGUGUGUGCCUGAACAUGUGUUUAUUUUAAGUGUGUUAUACGUUCACCCCUGUGAGGAAAUGUUUGAUCUGUUGUCUUGUUCAUCAUGCGUGCUCUGACUCUGGCAUGAAUUACCAGAACUUGUUUUUGUUGUUGCAAAUGUCCAUUGAUUUCUGUAGUACAUGUACAACAAACUCAUUGUUUCAAAGAUUUGUAUGUUGUUGGGGAUUUUUUUUCCCCCAAUAUCUUCUUUCUCAACGUUUGUGUCUGAAUAAAAAAAAAUGUGACAUUGCUACAAA